GAUCAGUUGCAUUUAGAAAAUUAUACAAGCAAGUUGUUUUAAGUUGGAAAAAAGUAUUGAAAAAUAAAUUUCAAGUUUAAAGUGUGAACAAUUUGCAACACGAUUAGACUGCUAAAACAUGUUACUAUAUCUAAUAAUUACAUUGAGCACCUUAAUUGUAGUCUAUUUAAAAUGGCGUUAUAGUUACUGGCAACGUAAGGGUUUCCCCUAUGUAGAGGCCCAAAUACCUUUCGGUGUUUUGGAUCCGGUUAUACGCACUUGGAAAAAAUCUCUUGGAAUGGCAAUUUACGAUGUCUACAGAGAGAGGAAAGAUAAAGUAGUGGGAAUUUACUUAAUAAAUCGUCCGGCUUUAUUGGUGCGUGAUGCUAAAUUGUCUCGAGAUGUUUUGACUAAAGAUUUUAGUAGCUUUCAUGAUCGUGGUGUUUAUGUGGAUGAGGAACAUGAUCCCAUGUCAGGAGGUCUAUUCUUUUUAAAGGGUAAAAAAUGGAAGUCUUUAAGGACAAAGCUAACACCAUCUUUUACAUCGGGUAAAUUGAAGGGAAUGUUCGGUACCAUAGAGGAUGUAUCGAAUAAAAUGGUGGAUUAUAUUCGUUCACAAUUACCAGAGGAUGGAAGCUCUGCGACAGUAGAAACCAAACAAAUUUUUGUAACCUACGCUAUUGAUAUUAUAGCAUCAACUAUUUUCGGUUUAGAUGUCAACAGUUUUGAAAAACCCGAUAAUGAGUUCUUUGCUUUAAGUCGAAAUGUAAAUGCAAAUAGCUAUCUUGGAAAUUUCCGUGCCACUUGCCAAUUUUUGUUUCCAGGCUUGGAAAAACUAUUUCAACGUAUGGGCUGGUCAGAACCUGCUCCUGACUCUAUGAAAAAACUAGUGCGUCGCACUAUCGAAUAUAGAGAAAAGAAUAAUGUUAAACGUAAGGAUAUGUUGCAAUUGUUGUUGCAACUACGUAAUACGGGAAAAAUCAAUGAUGAUAACGAUGAAGAAUGGUCGGCAGAGAAAACAAAGGAUGCUCUAAACAGCUUGUCGGUGGAUAUGAUAGCAGCACAAUUGUUUUUAUUUUAUGUAGCCGGUUUUGAGACUUCUGCCUCUACUACUGCUUUUACCCUCUACGAAUUGGCACAAUACCCUGAACUUUUGAAAAAAGCCCAAGAAGAUGUUGAGCAGGCUUUGGAAAAACAUGGCAAAAUGACUUAUGAUGCUUUGAAAGAUAUGAAAUUCUUAGAUUUAUGCAUAAUGGAGACAACACGUAAAUAUCCAGGUUUACCCAUAUUGAAUCGUGAAUGUACCCAUGACUAUCCCAUACCCGAUACAAAUUUGGUUAUUAAAAGCGGUACACCAAUUAUAAUCUCAUUAUUUGGUAUGCAUCGUGAUCCUGAAUAUUUCCCUAAUCCGUUACGUUAUGAUCCUGAAAGAUUUUUGGAGGAGAAUAUGAAUUAUGAUCCCACUGCUUAUAUGCCAUUUGGUGAGGGACCACGCAUUUGUAUAGCUCAACGUAUGGGUAGAGUAAAUGUAAAAGCCGCAAUUGCUCAAGUAUUAACAAAUUUCAAUAUUGAAUCCAAUCCUAAUCGUCAUGAAAUUGAAAUUGAUAACUUUGGUAUUCCCAUAAUGCCUAAAGGUGGUAUACCAGUAAAAUUAUCACGAAAAAUUAAAUAAAAUUUAAAUAUAUUUUUAAUAAAUGUAAAUAGUUUGUAAAGAUUUAAUAAUGAUUACUAAAAGAUAGUUAUUUUAAAAACAAGAUCCUAAAUUUAUAAAGACUGAAAUUUUGAAAAUGUUAAAAGAUUUAAACAUUUAAUUCUUCAAUGCGAAAAUAUCACGAUUAAAAUAAAAUUAAACAAAAUCUA